AGAACUUCGACAACAGCACUGCAUUGCACUGCACUGGACAUGGACGUGGAGCCGCGGGUCACGCAACGAGAGCGCAAGCUCCAUAUAGAUUACCGUCUCCCGCAUCGAAUACACUCGGCCCACGUCUAUCCGGUCACUGCGCCAAAUGGCUCUACACUUCUCGUCUACGGCCACGAACGCGGCCUCCGCGUGUUGUGGCGAGGCGGCAGACGGCGCAAAGAGAGUGCGACAGCAGCGGCACCCACAAAUGGCACAUACUCCGAGGUAAUCGAUCUCAUUAGCGAUGACGGGAUAGACUCCACGGCGAAAGAGCACGAGAGGGUCCAGGAAGACCUUUUUGAGGCAGAGGAGGAGGAGCAGGAUGUGGACUGUCCCUUUCCCGGCAUCAUACAGGCGUUGGACAUCGAGUUGGGCUCUGCAGACAAGCCGAAAGCCGCUCUGCGUGUUGCCGUACCGAUCAUCAACCCCACAGCUAUACCCGUGAGACUGUUGAAAACGACGGCGAUUGUCGUGGUGGCAUGUACCGAUGGCAAGGUCGCAGUGCUGAGCAUACCACUCGCUCCACCUUCAGAUGCGGAGAAGGACCAGGCUAUCAUGGACAUUGCCCAGUCUAUCAUCACGUUGCAAGAUACAGGACCCAUUUCGUCAGAUCUGACUAUCAAGUACCUACCUUCGGAGCAGCAGCCACUGAUUGCGCGUCACGAGGAUGAUGUGGAUGGGCGUCUGUUGGUUGCAACUGUAUCGCGCGCUCUCCACGUCUGGUCUGUUGAGGUGACGGGGGACAUUAUCCUGGCCAUCUCCCACGAGAAGCUUCUGCGGCGGGUGGCAUUACCUGCGGUCGGCACGAAAGUCAGCUUCCAUCCCUCGACUCGACAUGCCCAGCUGCUUGUCACCGACGUUAGCGGUACUGUCCGCAUAUACGAUCCAUAUGCUGCGAACAUUCAUCAGAGACGCCCUGGCUCGAGCGACUCCGUGCUCAGCAGCACACCAUCGAGCACUACAGGAAAGUGGCUCAUGGCGUUCCACUCGCCGUAUCAUUCAGACAAGGAGACACAAAAUGUCGGUGCUGCAUUUGCGCGGCAGAAGUCGGUUCUGGCUGCAAAAUGGGCACUAUCAGGCAAUGCUAUCCUCGUGCUCCUGGAGGAUGGGGAAUGGGGUCUGUGGGACCUGAUGACACCGUCUGCUGGCAAGCGGCUCGAGAAGUUUGCAAUUCGCGGCUUUCUUGACACUGCUAACCAUACCGAGGCCGCUGAGCCACUGACGCAGAGAAGUGGCGUAUCGAAGCUUGCGCCAAUGACGCCCAACACCAGAAGGACGAAAGCGGAGCAGCUGUUCACAGGAGCGCCCAAGGUCCCAGGCGUGGCACCACGGGGCGGCAUUUCCAUUAGCGCCCACAAUGCACGAACAGGUCCUGCAGAGGAGAGUGCUGUCCUCUGGUUUAACAGCGAGAUCUACUCGAUCAACAGCCUGCAGUCCUUCUACCAGCGAUCUGCAAACCAUGGCGGCAGUGGCGGCUUUGGCUCAUUGUACUCUCCUGGCCUAACUCACAUCACAGAUAUCAAGCUGCACAUGGAGAACAUUACUUCUAUCUCGCAGUUCCAUCCGGGCAGACCGAGCGCCGCAAAUGGACAGAUGAACACUCCACGCGACUUGCUGAUAUCAACCGAGGGUCACGCCAUUAUCGUCCAAAGCUUAGCCCCCAAGCCUUCCAAAAAUCUCUUCCAGCAAAAGCUCACUGAGCGUCCAGCAGCAGUAAUUGACCGGGAUCAACACAUGCUCGAUGCCGGCGAUUUGGAUCUCAACGGCAUGGAUCGCUUACUUGACAGCAUGGCAGGUGGGCACUCAUCAGCACCGGCCAGACGAGUCGGAUUUGCAACAGCACUUGGCUGAAGAGAAAAAAGAAGUCAUGAAGUUGAAACUUAUACCCUCUGUACUGACUUCUCCAAUGAUACCCUAACAC